AUGUCUCGGCGGCGGGUCUCUGCCAGCCCGGAGCUGAGCUGGCGGCAGGACCAAGCGCUGGGCAGCACCAUGCGCGUCGUGCGGGAGUUGGGGCCCACCGCUUUCGUCCUGCAGGAGGAAGAGCAGCGGGCGACGGAGCACAAGGUGUCCUUGGGGAACCCCCAUUCAUGCAGCUGCUCAAUAUUUGUGAAAGAGAAGGACCUCUGUAAACAUAUCUGCUGGUUAUUACUCAAAAAGUUCAAACUUCCAAGGGACCAUGAAUAUGCUUUCCAAUUGGGUCUUGUGGAAAGAGAAAUUAACUACAUGCUUCAGGGUCCACAAGUUACUCCCCAAACAAGAGUAACUGCUAAUUCUGCUAAGGAGUUGCAGACACCUGAUGAUGGGUAUAUUAAACAAAAAGAAAUUGAUAAUGAGGAUAUAUGUCCUGUUUGCCAGGACACACUACUGAAGAAAAUGCUUCCUGUUACUUACUGCAGGUUUGGUUGUGGCAACAACAUACACAUAGUAUGUAUGAAGAUCUGGGCUGAUCAUCAAAGAGAGUUAGAGAAGGACUCAUUGGUGAAGUGUCCUCUGUGUAGGGAAGACUUUGCACCCCUGAAGCUCAUCUUGGAAGAAUUCAGAAACUGCAAAAGACUUGUAACUGUAGCAGAGAAGCAGCGUCUUGACAAACACCUUGGAAUUCCUUGCAAUAACUGCAGAAUAUGCCCCAUUGAAGGAAAUUGCUACAAGUGUACAGAGUGCAUUGAAUACUACCUAUGCCAUGGGUGUUAUAGAAGCUUAUGUCAUCCUUCACAUACAUUUGCUUUCCGAGAGAAAAGAAAUCAGAGAUGGAGAUCAGUAGAACCAAUAGUGCAACUAUCUACUUCAGGAGAAAAUCUGCAAAGCAUUAAUCCAGAAAACCAUUCUAAAGAGGAAAGGGGCAAGGAGAAGUCCAGUUGCAUACCAGAACACAUAGUAAACUCAUUACCAACUGUACUGGUUAGGAAAUGUAGCAGUUUACUUGAUCCAGGUUUGCAAUGUAGACUCUGUUUGAAGAUAUUUUGUCUUGGUCAAGUUACAAGAUUCCUACCAUGUAAUCACAAGUUCCACAGGAAAUGCAUUGACCAUUGGUUACACAAAGAAAAUGCAUGCCCUAUUGAUGGCCACAUUGUGUAUAAUCCAUUAACCUGGGAGAAUAUACCAAGCAAAGGCAAAGUCAAUCCAUUAGGAUCUCGAACAAAGACAUACCUUGCAAAGCAGAUUGAGCAGGAACUUUUUAUACCAGGGACUGGAAUGCUUGUCAAGCAAAUGAAACCUGGCCAUAUCCCUGAGAACACUCAAAGUAGCCUUCAAGGAUGUUGUAGCAAGAAGAAAAGUCCUUCAGAGUUUGAACAGAAUUUAACACUGAAUGGCUUCAGUUACACUUGUACAAGAGAUUCUGGUCCUAGUCUGCAUGGUACUCAAAAGUUCAGAAAACUGAAGUUUUCUAGGUAUGUUAAGGGAUUGGUCCUUAUUCCAAAGCCUCAUGCUGAUGUGUUUACAGAGAAUGUAGUUGGCACUGACCUCAGAGGUUUAUCUAUAAAUGGAAAUUCAGGUUAAGAUU